GACUUUGAUUUUCUUGGAUAAAUCACCAUCGCCUCGUUUUCACAAACUUGACGUGGAGGCUCGGGCUGCGUUGUUAACUUUGAUUUCCGAGACGCAGAUGCCCGCAGUCUAACUGCUCUGUGGAGGGGACUCCGAGCCCACCUCCAAUCUUGGACGGGCGCCCCCCCCCAGCCAUCUGAAGCCAACCUCAGCGCGAGGGAGCGCUCUCUUGUCUCAGCAGCCCCCCCCUCUCCCUUCCCCCUUCUUUUGCUGGCCACAGGACCGCCAUCCGGCUCAGCUGGAUACCCAGGCGCCUGCGGCGCUUGACAGCAACUCAAAGUCCCACCUUUGAUAAUCCUUUCUCCCUAACAGACCUUGAAAAGGUCAGCGUGCCCCCCCCCCCCGACCUCGGAGGGCGCGUUCCAGGCGGGUUCUCUCUCCGCAGCGAGCCAGGAGAGCUGGAGGGAGGUCUUUGCGCAUGCCAGGUGAACAGAGAGCGCGUUCGCCAGCGCCUGUGCGGGUGCGCCGCGGCGGGCCAGGCAGUGCCUGAGAGGCUGCACCCCCACAGUCCUUCAAGUCUUCGCCCCAAGUGCGAUCCAGACUCAUCCUCCCGUCUACCAGGCAGCUCAGACGGCGUCCGACCCGCAGCCCUGCGCCGCUGCGGCCAGUCGAGCCUGGCUAACUUUGAAGGGGGAAGACUGAGGAGCCGGGCUGGAGGGAGGGGCCUCGGGGCCGCGCGGCGCUCCUUUGGUCCCCCGGAGCCUCCAGGGCCCCCGACAGUCCCCUCCGAGUCUGCUGCAACUUCAGCAUUGGAGCCGGCGCGGGUGUCUCCCCCGCGCCGCCGGGCCGCCCUGGGCGGGACUCCUCCCGCGGCCUCAGGGGCCCCGGGGCGCGCGCAACAGGCGGCCCGAGUCGGCGGGAAGCUGGAGCGCCGGCGGCGUCGGCCUCGGAGGGGAGUGGAGAGGCGAGGCCAGGCAGAGCCCCGCGCAGCCAUGGAGUCGCUCCUGCUGCCGGUGCUGCUGCUGUUGGCUGUACUGUGGACGCAGGCAGCCGCCCUCAUUAACCUCAAGUACUCGGUAGAAGAGGAGCAGCGCGCCGGGACGGUGAUCGCCAACGUGGCCAAGGACGCGCGCGAGGCAGGCUUCGCUCUGGAUCCACGGCAGGCCUCUGCCUUCCGUGUGGUGUCCAACUCAGCUCCGCACCUGGUGGACAUUAACCCCAGUUCAGGCCUGCUUGUCACCAAGCAGAAGAUUGACCGCGACCUGCUGUGCCGCCAGAGCCCCAAGUGCAUCAUCUCGCUUGAGGUCAUGUCCAGCUCAAUGGAGAUAUGCGUGAUUAAGGUGGAGAUCAAGGACCUGAACGACAAUGCUCCCAGCUUUCCAGCAGCACAGAUUGAGCUGGAGAUCUCAGAGGCGGCUAGUCCUGGCACGCGCAUCCCGCUGGACAGCGCCUAUGACCCGGACUCGGGCAGCUUCGGCGUGCAGACGUACGAACUCACGCCUAAUGAGCUGUUUGGCCUGGAAAUCAAGACGCGUGGCGAUGGCUCACGCUUUGCAGAACUUGUGGUGGAGAAGAGUCUGGAUCGCGAGACACAGUCGCACUACAGCUUUCACAUCACUGCACUCGACGGCGGCGACCCACCGCACCUGGGCACUGUUGGCCUCAGCAUCAAGGUGACAGAUUCUAAUGACAACAACCCGGUGUUUGGCGAGUCCACCUAUGCAGUGAGCGUGCCAGAGAACUCACCUCCCAACACACCAGUCAUCCGCCUCAAUGCCAGUGACCCAGACGAGGGCACCAAUGGCCAGGUGGUCUACUCCUUCUAUGGCUAUGUCAAUGACCUCACGCGCGAGCUCUUCCAGAUCGACCCACACAGUGGCCUUGUCACAGUCACCGGUGCCUUAGACUACGAAGAGGGCCACGUGUACGAACUGGACGUGCAGGCCAAGGACCUGGGGCCCAACUCCAUCCCGGCACACUGCAAGGUGACCGUCAGCGUUCUGGACACCAAUGACAACCCACCAGUCAUCAACCUGCUGUCAGUUAACAGUGAGAUGGUGGAGGUAAGCGAGAGCGCCCCCCCGGGCUAUGUGAUUGCGCUGGUGCGGGUGUCUGAUCGAGACUCCGGCCUCAAUGCGCGCGUGCAGUGCCGUUUGCUGGGUAACGUGCCCUUUCGGCUGCAGGAGUAUGAGAGCUUCUCCACUAUCCUGGUGGACGGUCGGCUGGACCGCGAGCAGCAUGACCAGUAUAACCUCACAAUCCAGGCACGCGACGGCGGUGUGCCCAUGCUGCAGAGCGCCAAAUCCUUUACGGUUCGCAUAACCGAUGAGAAUGACAACCACCCGCAUUUUUCCAAACCUUACUACCAGGUCAUUGUGCAGGAGAACAACACGCCUGGCGCCUACCUGCUUUCGGUGUCAGCGCGAGACCCCGACCUGGGUCUCAAUGGCAGUGUCUCCUACCAGAUUGUGCCGUCCCAGGUGCGGGACAUGCCUGUCUUCACCUAUGUCUCCAUCAACCCCAAUUCCGGCGACAUAUAUGCGCUUCGAUCCUUCAACCACGAACAGACCAAGGCGUUCGAAUUUAAGGUUCUGGCCAAGGAUGGAGGACUGCCUUCGCUGCAGAGCAACGCCACAGUUCGGGUCAUCAUCCUCGAUGUCAACGAUAAUACCCCGGUCAUCACGGCCCCACCCUUGAUCAAUGGCACAGCCGAGGUCUACAUUCCCCGCAACUCCGGCAUAGGCUACCUCGUGACCGUUGUCAAAGCAGACGACUAUGAUGAGGGUGAGAAUGGCCGGGUCACCUACGACAUGACCGAGGGCGACCGCGGCUUCUUUGAAAUGGAUCCGGUCAAUGGGGAAGUCAGAACCACUCGCACCUUUGAUGAGAGCUCAAAGGCUUCUUAUGAGCUUAUUGUGGUGGCCCAUGACCAUGGCAAGACGUCUCUCUCCGCCUCUGCACUAGUCCUAAUCUACCUGUCCCCUGCUCUCGAUGCCCAAGAGUCUAUGGGCUCGGUGAACUUGUCCCUGAUUUUCAUUAUCGCGCUGGGCUCCAUUGCCGGCAUCCUCUUUGUCACUAUGAUCUUCGUGGCAAUCAAGUGCAAGCGAGAUAACAAAGAGAUCCGAACCUACAACUGCAGAAUCGCUGAGUACUCCUAUGGGCAUCAAAAGAAAUCAAGCAAGAAGAAAAAAAUCAGUAAGAAUGACAUCCGUCUGGUACCCCGGGAUGUGGAGGAGACAGACAAGAUGAACGUUGUCAGUUGUUCCUCCCUGACCUCCUCCCUCAACUAUUUUGACUACCACCAGCAGACACUGCCCCUGGGCUGCCGCCGCUCUGAGAGCACUUUCCUGAAUGUGGAGAACCAGAAUACCCGCAAUACCAGCGCCAACCACAUCUAUCAUCACUCUUUCAACAGCCAGGGCCCCCAGCAGCCAGACUUGAUUAUCAACGGUGUGCCUCUGCCUGAGACUGAAAACUAUUCCUUUGAUUCCAACUAUGUGAACAGCCGAGCCCAUUUAAUCAAAAGCAGCUCUACCUUCAAGGACUUAGAGGGCAACAGCCUGAAGGAUAGUGGUCAUGAAGAGAGUGACCAGACUGACAGUGAGCAUGAUGUCCAGCGGAGCCUGUAUUGUGAUACUGCUGUCAAUGAUGUGCUGAACACCAGUGUGACCUCCAUGGGAUCUCAGAUGCCUGACCAUGAUCAGAAUGAAGGCUUUCAUUGCCGGGAAGAAUGUCGGAUUCUUGGCCACUCUGACAGGUGCUGGAUGCCCCGGAACCCCAUGCCCACCCGCUCCAAGUCCCCUGAGCAUGUGAGGAAUGUCAUCGCGCUGUCCAUUGAAGCUACUGCUGCUGAUGUUGAGGCUUAUGACGACUGCGGCCCCUCCAAGCGGACUUUUGCAACCUUUGGAAAAGAUGUCAGUGAACACCUGGCUGAGGAGAGGCCCACCUUGAAAGGCAGGAGAACUGUCGAUGUGACCAUCUGCAGCCCCAAGGUCAACGGCGCUAUCCGAGAGGCUGGCAAUGGCUGUGAGGCUAUUAGCCCUGUCACCUCCCCCCUGCACCUCAAGAGCCCUCUGCCCACUAAACCCUCCGUGUCCUACACCAUUGCUCUGGCGCCCCCGGCCCAUGAUCUGGAGCAAUAUAUCAACAAUGGUCCAUCUCGUCCCUCUGAAGCUGAGCCUCGUGGAGCUGACAGUGAGAAAGUCAUGCAUGAGGUCAACCCCACUCUGAAGGAGGGUCGUGACAAAGAGUCUCCUGGUGUGAAGCGUCUGAAGGAUAUCAUUCUCUAAGGCAGUCUCGGGGAAGAACAGAGAGAAACCAUGCUGGUUAUCGAAGAAGCAGUGGCUGGUUGUUUUAAUUGCUCACCAAUGGUUGGUUCUUGAGUGGCUGUUAUUUCAGAGCUUUCCCUAAAUGUAUUGUUUAUAAGUGACUAUCAUUCUGUGACAAUCCCUCUCGUUUCAACAGGCAGCAGGGGUGUUCAGUUGGAGCAAAUUAGCUUUGGCUUGAGUUGUUCACGGGGCCUUGAUGUUGGAGAAACAGAGACAAAUUCAGUUGGGAAAAGUAUUAUGUAUUAAGUGUUUGAAUUUAUAUAUUUUUCUAUGUCAAAUUAUUAUAAAUUACCAUUGUGGAGGAUUACAUUUAAAAAAAACAAUAACAAAAAGAAAGCUCUGGACACCUUUAAUAAGCUUGCCACUGUUUUGUAGUGUAGACAAGUUAAUGGUCAUUUAUAGUGUACUAUUCAUUGAUUCAGCGAUGUGAAAUUGAGCCCCCAAAAGGUUGUUUCUGAACCUUGAGUACUUUCCAAUGCCACUACUUUGCUGUGGACACCCCUGCUUUAAGAACCCUUUUGCUAGCUGUGCUAUUGUUGUAUUUGAUAUUGCAAAUUGCUAUGUAUGUGGUGAUGGCAAAAGGCUUUUAGAAGUUGGUGUUUUUUUUCUUAGAAAAAAUUAAAACUACAGACAAAAACAAAGUGCAACAAACUGAGAUGGCAAGUGAAUGAGCAACACCACACAUAUAGAUUGAACAUUUGGAGGACACUCACUCACGGAGGCUACCCACAUAGUGGUUACUUGCCACCUUGCGGAGUAUUUCUCCUGCCUUUCAGUCUUCUGCCCAGAUCAGUGAUAGAUCAUCACAAAAAGUGAUUUUUGGAUAUUCUGCUAUCUACUUUGCAGUUGUCAGAACUACUAUGCUGAAAGUUUAAUGACAUCAGUUUUUAAAAUUUUCAGGCCCUAAAUGGGAAGUUAUCCAUUUCCAGGCUUAGAAAUUCCCUGUAUCCAAUCGUCUAAAACUCAAAAAGACUGAAUCUAUCUUGAGAUCUAAAUUAGCAUCUUUUCAGACACACUCUUCCUGAUUCGGUGUUUCCCAAUCACAAUUAGAAUUAGACUGAAAAGCAUGUCGGGGGCUGGAAUUGAGAACUCCAUGUUCUUCUAUAUUGUAGGAUUAUAAAUAGGAAUAGAGUAAGCAGUACAAAGUGUACAUUUAGGAAAAGACAGGUAACCAGUAACAGCAUCACUAAUCCAAUUACUGUGCCUUCUAAAUGGAGACACUUGGACACUUGAACUCGUCUUUUUAUGACUAAUACUUUUUUAAAAUUAAGAAUGUGAACGGGAAACUAUUAACAUGAAAAUCCUUUAGAUUUAGCUCUUUGCUGUAGGCUAGGAAUACACCUUUUAUUAGUAACAAGUUUGUUAUGCAUUCUUUUUUUUGUUUAACAUUUCUCCAAGUCCCCCAUUUAUUGUCUAUAAUAUUUAGUAGUCAACAUAGUAUUCUUGCAGCCUAAGAGUUCAUUAUUUAAAAUUAAACAAAAUAGGUCACCUUGGCUCUGCCUUGGUCUUUAGAAAGUUGUUUCUAGAGAAACAAGUUUUGUAGUUCUGUUCUCAUUUGUUUUAUUUUUUUGGAAUUCAAGAGUACCCAGGAAAAAGGCUUAGAGGUUAGAGCACUAAAAUGCAAACAAGGAUUUAUUUUCUUAAGUUUAGUUGGAUAAGUGAGCUCUUUUAAAUGUUUUAAUUAUUUUUGUCUGAGUUCCUGGCUUUAUACAUUAUAGGAAUAUUUUCUUUUAUGGGAGGGAGGGUUUUGAGGGAGGGUAAGGCAGUAGGGAUGGGGUU